GUUUUGUGUUCCCCACCGGAAAAUACGAAGGUGUGAAUGAUCGGAGUGAUGAACCGGAAAUCAAAAACCCGUAACCGAAUUCGGAUCCAACCGGUUUACCACUCUCUACUCUAUCUCCGAGCCGUCUUCCUCUUCAUUCCGACUUAAAAAAAAGAUUUUUAAGUUUUUCAUCGAGAAAGAUCCGUACUUGUCUGAAUCCAAACCAAACCAACGAAACACAUUAUUUUCUGUUUUUGUUUGUUUCUUUUUUUUUUGCUCUGUUGCAAAUGUCGCUGUCUAUUUUAUCCGCUUUGUCGGAAGAUCUUCUUGUUCGCGUCUACGAGUGUCUAGACCCGCCGUGUCGGAAAACAUGGCGACUCGUCAGCAAAGAGUUCCACCGAGUCGACUCGCUGAGUCGAACAUCGAUCAGAAUCCUCCGCGUCGAGUUCCUCCAUACGCUUCUCUCCAAGUACCCUAACAUCUCCACCCUAGACCUCUCCGUGUGCCCCAAACUCGACGACGACGUCGUUUCACGCCUAGCACUCGACGACACCGUUUCGACGUCACGCUUAAAAUCACUCAACCUGAGCCGAGCCACCGCGGUUCGAGCCAGGGGACUGGAGACGCUGGCUCGUUUGUGCCACGCUCUGGAGCGAGUCGACGUGUCUCACUGCUGGGGCUUCGGAGACAGGGAAGCGGCGGCGCUUUCCGUAGCGGCGGGGAUUAGGGAGCUGAAGAUGGACAAAUGCUUGAGCUUAAGCGACGUCGGAUUGGCGAGGAUUGUCCUCGGGUGUAGUAAUCUGAAUAAGAUUAGUUUGAAAUGGUGUAUGGAGAUAUCGGAUCUUGGCAUUGAUCUUCUCUGUAAGAAAUGUAAAGACUUGACAUCUCUCGAUGUCUCGUAUCUUAAGAUCACGAAUGAUUCAAUUCGAUCCAUAGCUUUGUUACCAAAGCUCGAGGUUUUGGAUAUGGUAAGCUGCCCAUUGAUAGAUGAUGAUGGGUUACAGUAUCUUGAGAAUGGUUCUCCUUCACUACAGGAAAUUGAUGUCACAAGGUGUGAUCGCGUGACUUUGUCCAGCUUGGUCUCCAUAAUCAGAGGCCAUCCUGAGCUUCAACACCUUAAGGCCAGUCACUGUGUAUCCGAAAUAUCUGUGAGCUUCUUACAGAACAUCAAAGCUUUGAAGCAUCUCAAGACUCUAUGGAUCGAUGGAGCUCGCGUCUCUGACUCGUCUCUUUUAACCUUAACCUCUAGCUGUAGAGCCUUAACAGAUAUUGGAGUGAGCAGAUGUGUAGAUGUGAGUGACAUUGGGAUGAUGGGACUUGCACGCAACUGCUCCAAUCUGAAAGCUCUUAACCUGGCGUGCUGCGGAUUUGUGACUGAUGCAGCCAUAUCUGCUGUAACUCAGUCUUGUCUGAACUUGGAGAGUUUACAGUUAGAGUCUUGUCAUUUGAUAACAGAAAAAGGUCUUCAAUCGCUCGGAUGUUAUUCCAAGCGUCUUCAAGAACUUGAUCUUACUGACUGUGAUGGCGUGAAUGAUAGAGGGCUUGAGUAUAUCUCAAAAUGUUCGAAUCUUCUAAGAUUGAAACUUGGUCUCUGCGCAAAUAUCUCAGACAAAGGAGUUUUUCAUAUCGGCUCCAAAUGUUCGAAGCUUCUAGAACUUGAUCUAUACCGCUGUGCUGGUUUUGGAGAUGAUGGUUUAGCAGCUUUAUCACGAGGUUGCAAGAGCUUGAACCGGCUCAUUUUAUCAUACUGUGGUGAACUAACAGACACAGGGGUUGAACAAAUCCGUCAGCUAGAACAUCUAAGUCACCUUGAACUUCGCGGGCUAAAGAAUAUAACUGGUGCCGGACUAGCUGCAAUUGCGCGCGGCUGCAAGAAGCUGGUUUACUUGGACCUCAAACUAUGUGAGAAUAUCGAUGACUCAGGCUUCUGGGCGCUUGCGUACUUCUCAAGAAACCUAAGACAGAUAAAUUUGUGCAAUUGUUCUGUCUCUGAUACGGCUCUGUGCAUGUUGAUGAGCAAUCUGAGUCGAGUUCAAGACGUUGACUUAGUCCACUUGAACCGUGUGACUGUGGAAGGGUUUGAGUUUGCUCUAAGAGCAUGUUGCAACAGGCUCAAGAAGCUUAAACUUCUCGCACCACUCAGAUUCUUGCUCUCAUCUGAGUUGCUCGAGGUGCUUCAUGCUCGUGGUUGCCGGAUUAGAUGGGACUGAAGGCAAAAAAAAACAUACGAUCGUUUCUUGCUUUGGUAGACUGUUCUGGUCGUUAAAAUUAAUGGAACUUGGCUAGUAACAUUUUAAUGUGAAUCCACCAUAUCUGUAGUUAUCUACUGCUUUUGUCUUAUCUUACAAUAUUGGUUGUGUGGAGGCACUCACUUUUCAGAAGUUAAAUCAUCUUAAAUGUUUUGAUGAUAGGAUUUUGUUUUUUUUUGAGUUGAAAUAAGAUUUGUCGUGCAAGGCUCGCA